CAAAAGCCACGACGCCCACAGCGCUAAACCCCCCAACCCCACCUCGCAUCCUGCCCGUCGCCGUCGCAAUCCACGCCGGCGCAACCUAGGUCACGCCUCCGCUCCCUCUCCCCCGGCUCCGACGAUGUCGGCGCCCUCCGACCCCGCGACGGCCGCCGGCCAGGCGCCCGCCCCCGCGGCCGCGUCCGCCGCCGCCUCCUCCAGCAGCGGCCUCACCUUCAAGCUCCACCCCCUCGUCAUCGUGAACGUCUCGGACCACCACACCCGCGUCAAGGCCCAGGCUGCCUGCUCCGGGGACAGCUCCUCCUCGUCCGGGGCGGCGGCGGGGCAGCCCCCGAGGGUGUUCGGGUGCGUGAUCGGGGUGCAGCGCGGGCGGACGGUGGAGAUCUUCAACAGCUUCGAGCUCGUGCUCGACCCCGUCACGGGCACCCUCGACCGUGCCUUCCUCGAGAAGAAGCAGGAGCUCUAUAAGAAGGUGUUCCCCGAUUUCUAUGUUCUGGGCUGGUACUCCACUGGAAGCGAUGUGCAGGACACUGACAUGCAAAUCCACAAAGCCUUGAUGGACGUUAACGAAAGCCCUGUUUAUCUACUAUUAAAUCCUGCAAUCAACCUUUCCCAGAAGGAUCUCCCUGUGACUAUCUAUGAGAGUGAGUUGCAUGUCAUCGAUGGGAGUCCUCAGCUCAUCUUUGUCAGAUCAAACUAUACAAUUGAGACUGUGGAGGCUGAGAGGAUAUCUGUAGACCAUGUGGCCCAUCUCAAACCAUCUGAUGGCGGCUCAGCAGCAACUCAGUUGGCUGCUCAUCUUACAGGAAUACACAGUGCCAUCAAGAUGCUCAAUAGCAGGGUCCGUGUUAUCCAUCAGUAUCUUGUUGCCAUGCAAAAAGGUGAUAUUCCAGUGGAUAAUUCGCUGCUUAGGCAAGUCUCAAGCCUCGUAAGAAGGCUACCAGCUAUGGAGUCACAGAAAUUCCAAGAUGACUUCUUAAUGGAAUAUAACGACACUCUCCUCAUGACUUACCUUGCUAUGUUCACUAACUGUUCAAGCACAAUGAACGAGUUAGUUGAGAAGAUCAACACAAGCUAUGAGAGACCUGCAACCAGGAGAGGAGGGCGAGGUGCUUUCAUGUAGCUCACCUGCCAAUCAGCUACUGCUGCUCUCAUCUGUGGAGAUUUUUGGAAAUAGCUUCUUGUAUCCCGAGGCAUUUUUUUUUUUGCAUGCAAUCUGUUAUGUGCUAUCGGUUAUACGGCAGUUCUAGAGUUACUUAAAACUUUAUUGGCAAAAAUGAUGAUUUGCUCGAUUCUGUGCCAAAUCCCACUUGUGCUGAUGUUGGUCUGUAAAGCUCAUCCUCUCCGUAGUUAUUCUAUUUGGCUCGCUAAUGGAUAUUGAUGCUGGUUUGCGAUUUCACUAUGCUUAGCAAAAUUCGAAACCAUA